AUGAUACAGUUUGUUUGAUUUAAUUUUUCAAAUUAAAACUGCUUUUUGUAUCAAAUGAGAAACUAGUUUUUUUUAUAGCUCAAAAAAUUGAUAUUAUUUCGGAAUCGGUAAAUUUCUGGCAAGUUUGAUUUUAAAAAGUUUUAACAUCUAUUUAAAGUUGAUGAAAUUAUAUAUUAUGAGUUGCCAAUCAAAAUGCGGGGUAUCGAAAACGCCUCAGUUUGUUAGUGAAGCAGUGAUUACUUUGAAAUCGUCUCAAUUUCACCCAAAAAUUUUCGAAUCACACUUAAAUUUCCAGGUAUCCAUUAAAAACAUUGAUCAUGGAUACGGCGGGAAUGUAAAUACUUCAUCUAACAGGAGCAUAAAAUCUAACGCAAUUAAAAAUCCCCCUUCAUUAAAAAUUAUAUCAAAAAAUACAACAGGUUCAAGAUCUUAUACAAACUUAUCUAAAAAUGAUAAAGCAAAUCACGUUUCGUCUAAUGCUUCAUCUACAUCAACAUUUGCUCCAUCAUUUAACUCGACGAAAUCUGCUCCUGAUUUGAGAACCCUUGGCUGUCCCUCGAGUACAGUAAAAUCAUCAACAACAUUUCAAACAACAGUUGGAAAGCAAUAUUAUCCAAAUUUCAAAGCUAAUUCAGCAUGUAAUUGCCCCGGUAACCCGCCAGCUUUACCAAAAAUCGUAGUUAAACACUCAUAAACAAAUAAAUUAUAUUAUAAAGUUAGUUCUUGAUGUUUUCAGAUAAUGGUUCCUUAUAGAAUAAUAAUAUGAUUUUAAAUCAAUGAUUGUUUGUCUUAUAUUUAUAUUUUAAAAUCUACUUCACUUAUAUACGAUUAAAUAAUCAAUAUUAAGAAUAAAAAAAGUUCGGUCCUGUC